AUAAAUUCCCCUCCCUCUUCCCUGUCUUCUUCUUCCUCUUGUUAAAUCCAUCUUCUUCCUCGCGUCCAACCAAACAUCGCUCGAGUCCCAGAGAGACAGAGAGAGAAAGAGCUCUGCCGGCGAAGUUUGAAGAACAUGACGGGCCAAAAGAAGCACCAGCGGGGUGAUAGGGGCGGGGCGUCCGAGCCGCGAGCGCGGGGGACGUCGACGAAGACGGUGGAGGGCUCUUCAUCCCGCCCACGAGGACGAGAGGAUCGUACGGCGACCUUGCCGACGGGGCAGCGUCCGGCCGCCGCAGGGAAUAGCAUCGGCUCGGACAUAGUGACUCCGUCGGGGAGUGGCGCGCCUGCGACACGGCGGCGCCAGCCUGGUUCCGAGGAAGUCGUCGUGCCUCCUGCGGCCGGAGAGUUGAUUCCCGCCGAGGCGCAGCUGCGCGACCCUAGCAACGAAAGGGACGCCCGUGCAGAAACAACGGCGGCGGCGGGCGCCGACGCGCCUGCGGAUAACCUGCCUGCCCUUCCACCGGUGAAACGCCAAAUCAUCCUCCUUGAUCGGCCGCCGCCAGCAGUGAACUUCAAGAAGCCUUUUGUCGUCACGCGGGGCGUCCACGCUCCGCCGCCGCAGCGCAACGCGAGCAGGGAGACUCUGCAGGCCGGCAGCAGCUCGGCACCACCGCCGUCGAAGAAGCGUUCCGCCGGCGAUCUACACCUGACCAGCCGGCUGGGCAGCAGCAGCAGCAGCACCGGCGGCCCCGAUGAGGGGAUCCACCCGUGCUGGGGCUGCUCAACACCAACGCAUUCCCGCGUGCCUCUUUGUGCCAGGUGCCACAGCAAGCGGGGUCGUUGCCUGUCCUGCAGGCGGAACCAGUAGGCAAGCAUUACCAGCUUGUGAACUUUGCUAAAUCAUACGUGGCUGUAGUGUGAUAUCAGCAUCGGCAUAGCAAGUUCUAUCGGCUCGUCUAGUAUACAUAUACGUUGAAUGCUUGUUCAAACGGAGCCUUUGAUAUGCAGAUAUCGCACGGAGAUUUAU